UCGGGACUGCCCAGGUGGAGCAGGCGCCCCUGCCAACGCGGACCGGCAGGCGCACGGGCGUCGUGGCGGGGACCCCACCGCACGGAUCCGCGCGGGGCAGAGCCGAGCCGCAGCCCCACGCGCCGCCCAGGACACGCUCGUCACCACCACCUCCGCAGCACCCAUGGGGACCUGGAGACUUUAAAGGAGUUUGGGGUUUCGGGAGCAGGGAAAUCACGGAUCCCCGCUUCUGGCCCUCGCCUCGCCGCGUCAUUGAUGGGCAACCAACUGGACCGCAUCACCCACCUCAGCUACAGCGAGUUGCCCACCGGGGACCCGUCGGGGAUCGAGAAGGACGAGCUGCGGGUCGGGGUCGCCUACUUCUUCUCGGAUGAGGAGGAGGACCUGGACGAACGAGGCCAGCCCGACAAGUUUGGCGUGAAGGCCUCCCCGGGCUGCGCCCCCCGCCCGGAGAGCCCCAGCCGUCGCCGCCGCCACCACCUGCUGCACCAGCUGGCCCUCAACGAAACUCAGUUCUCCGCCUUUCGGGGCCAGGAAUGCAUCUUUUCCAAAAUGAGCGGCGGCCCUCAGGGCGCCGACCUGAGCGUCUACGCGGUCACGGCGCUGCCCGCGCUCUGCGAGCCCGGCGACCUGCUGGAGCUGCUGUGCCUGCAGCCCGCGCCAGAGCCGCCCGCGCCCGCCCCGCACUGGGCCGUGUACGUGGGCGGCGGGCACAUCAUCCACCUGCACCAAGGCGAGAUCCGCCAGGACAGCCUGUACGAGGCGGGCGCGGCCAACGUGGGCCGGGUGGUGAAUAGCUGGUACCGCUACCGCCCGCUGGUGGCCGAGCUGGUGGUGCAGAACGCCUGCGGCCACCUGGGCCUCAAGAGCGAGGAGAUCUGCUGGACGAACUCGGAGAGCUUCGCCGCUUGGUGCCGCUUCGGCAAGCGGGAGUUCAAGGCGGGAGGGGAGGUGCCGGCCGGCACGCAGACCCCGCAGCAGCAGUACUAUCUCAAGGUGCACCUGGGUGAGAACAAGGUGCACACGGCCAGGUUUCACAGCCUGGAAGACCUCAUCCGCGAGAAGCGCCGCAUCGACGCCAGCGGCCGCCUGCGUGUGCUCCGGGAGCUCGCCGACCUUGCGGACGACAAGGAGUAGCCCGGGGGGAGCCGCCCGCCCCUCCGGUCUCCCCGCGCCCCGCUCCCUCCCCCGCACGCGGGCUUCCAGGCCGGCGAUUCAGCACCCCCCGACCCCCUUGAGUGGCCGCCGGCAGCGGCCAGCGCCCGGGCUGCAGCCUCGCAUCUUUCUGGCAAGUGGCAGGUAGUCCCAGUAACUGGCCCCGGGACUGAAGGGGCCGCGCUCGCCCGGCUGAGACCCCCAGUGGUGAUGAUGGUGUUGGGAGACCCAGCGUGCGCUUGCCCCUUGAGUUGUAAGUGGGGAGAGGAGAACGGGCCGAGGGGAGCAGGGACAAGGCCUCCCCCAAGAGUCACUGGUCUAGUGACUAACACCCGACCUACUAGAAAGGGACCAUCACCGCCCCAAACGUGCACACACAGACCGGUGGGAGGUGAUAAUUGAUCCUUUCAGGGCACGGUUCAGCCCCAGUAUGGAUGUGUCCCCAGACUGCAGGGUUUCCAAGAAAUCGAGCCUGUCCCUCAUGCACCUGUGAAUAAUUCCACUAGGGAGCAAGCACUUCGGGACUCCGGGUUAUCCCAAGGCUGCCCGGGACUUUUUCAGCUCUCCAGUCCCUGGUCUCCUGACAUUGUAUCCCAGGCUCCGGGCUAAGCUAGACAGCGUUUGCUUCCCGUUCUUUCCACCGAGGGAAGCGAACGCCACUCCCCACCGGCGUUUGCCUGUGAGUCUCCUUUGCUGGCAGAAGGGAUGCCUUCCCGGUCCCGGGAGGAUAAUGGCGCAGCGAAUUUGGUGAGGAGAGCUGGCCCCGCCCCCCUGGCCAGGAGAAGGUUCACCAGGUGUCCGUGAACUUGAAUCUGACAAGGGCGCUUGUUCUCAACCCUAGAUGGUUCCCUCCUUGGGCUGCGUUUCAAAAAUAACCACAGUUUUAAAGGGGUUGGAGGAGACGGAGGGGAAAGACAUGGCAACAUUCCAGAAACCAGCAUUAUUACAGCACCAUAGCCAGUGUAUUUAGUUUGGCUUUUCCUAACACAGAAAUCUCAGAAGGUGGGGAAGUGGAAAUAAAGUCUUAAAAUCGAGAGAGCAGUUGUCCAAAUAUGUCAACAAAGCCUAUCGUGUUGAUGUUUUUUUAUUGACCAUUUUAGCAACAUGCUAAUAAAAUUUCAAAUUGAAAUUUUUAUUUUCAUGGCUUUAAUCCAUGAUAGUUUAAAUACUGGGGGCCAUUAAGAGUGGAUUUAGCUAAAAGCUUAGCUAACAUUGCCUUUUCACUCUAUUUUUCUCAAACCUUAUGAGAAUUCUGUUUUUGAAUAUUGUAGUUAAUUUUUUGGCUUUAAUGGCAGCCCUAUAAUGGUGGAGUUGUUGAUCCAUGUGUAUAUUGUGCUGAAUUUCCGUCAGUUAAGGGGUUUACUGCUUCGGUGGAAAUUGCUAGCAGGUUCCAUGAUGUUAAUUUCUCGAUGUUGUAUACCACUACCAUUCCACAUUUGCAUUUCUAUUUUUCUUCCUCUCCCCCUGAUCUUCUUAAAAAACGAGUGUAGAAUUGGUGGCUUUUUCCCCCUUCUCUUUAGCCAGUUCCACAAUUCAUUCCUGAAAACCGGAAAGAACUUCUAGGAUCAGGACGAUCGUAUGGUUUUCAAAAAAUUAAGGCUGUUUGAAACCCCUUCCUUGGGUAAGGACUUACCAACUUCUCUCCUGUGCUGCAGCCCCAGCCUGAUUAACUGCUACUUGAUUCAGUGUGUGUCAGACACACCUCCAGCAUCUACAUUCCAUCCCUUCCAGGGGAAUUUGUCAAAUAACGGUGUUUAGCUAAUUGUUGCAAGCAAUCGCCUACUGACAGUUGUGAUUUAGUUGGACAGCAAAUAUUAUGGCCAAAGCCAGUUUCUUGGCAUUUCAAAAAUAAUGCAAUAAAAACUAGUCGAGGUUAGCUGCGACUGGAAAUGCCUUUCUUUUGUUUGUUUUCAUGGUAAAAUGAUUCAUCUCUGUUUUGUUUUUUGGUUUUCAGCCUGGAUUCAUUCCCUGAUCUUGACUCAAAAGGUCAGCUCAAUGAACUAUGAACUAGAGUAUUUUUCUUAAGCCUAUUGAGUGAUUUAUUUUUUAAAAAAUGUUUAAAUGCCUAUCUAUGCUUUUCUUUCAGCACAUACAACAGCAAAACUUUUGUAAUAACAAACUUAACAUUUGCAUGUAUGGAGAACUGGAAAUCAUUUAUUUCCCUAACUUAUUCCCCUUUCAAAUAACAGAUGUCGGAUCCUAAACCGAAGUUCUUUAUUGUAUCUACACAGCCCACAUUCUUUACUGUGUCCUCCUACUGUAUCUUGGCUCUCUGCUGUAUUAAAUACCAUCCUAAGCAUUUGUUCGAACAGGACUCCUUCUUGACAUUUUGUCUUCUACCUGUCACUCAGAGGGUGGGACUUUAGCAAAAGAAAUGAAUGGUCUCUCACACCUAAUACUGAGAUUUAUUUCCUCUGAUGGCACGUAAUCUGAUUUUGCUCUUACUAAGAGGGUCACUAUAACAGAGGCUUAGGUUGAUACUUGCUGAGACUAGAUUAGCAAUAAAAAUAAGAGUUUGGCAGCCAAAGUAGCACUCAUGACUAUAUUGGUCUGUUAAGGAUUGGGUUGAUGAUGAUACUUCUACAAAUUCACAAUAGAAAAACACUAGUUACAAAGGGAACUUGAAAGAUCUGUAUAUUCCUUAUAUUACUCCUGAAAUAUUUGUUAUCUGUUGGUCAGUGUUAAUAAUAACCAGUGGCAGAAUAAUUCUAAUUGUAGUGCAGCAUGAAGAGGCUAUUAUCAAGAUAUUGUCUAAUAGUUUUAUGCUGGAAAAUGUGUCUAUUUUUAGGACGUUCUCAAUGGGAAUGACACCAAGAAGGUGGAAGGUCUCUUGGAAGAUGGUACCAGUAGACUUGAUUUUUAUUGUGAGUAGAUAUAAUAUCUCUGGAUGUUAUCAGAGUUAUAGAAACUAAGCCAAAAGCCUCCUGAUGUUUUAAUAGAAGUCAGGGAUUUAGUCUGGGUUUUCGUUAUCCUCAAGAGAACAGAGCUUCAUAGUAACUUUCAUGAUGUUGAGUGUGGCCUAGCUGGUGGUCGGUCCCGUCAGUGAUGUGGUGUAGAAGAAAACUAUCCAUAGACCCCCAUUCUUUCUCACUUUCAGAAGGUGAUUCUGAAAAGCAAACUACUAAAAAAAAAGAUGAAUAUUUUUACUUCAAGGAGUGCUUUGCUACACAUUUGGUAAUUAAGAAAAAAAAAGGAGGUGGAAUGGGGAGAAGGGAGGCUAGGCUUACUUUAAACAAAACCAGUCCUGAAACACUGUUAUUCUCAAAGUAUAUCUUUGUAUAUAAAAAAAAAAUUCUGUAGAAGUUACAUGUAUUGCAUUUCUUUUUUAAAAAAUUAAAAGUAUAUUAAUGAGCCAAAUAGAUAUAAAGUUCCUCAGUAUUUAAAAAUUUAAAUGCCUGUCAUGACUGUAUUUUAUUAAAUGAAGCAGUACCAUCAAGUCACUGAAAGUUAUAAAACACUUGUGCCAGAUUAGAACAUCAAACACAGAAGCAGCUGUAAGUUCAAUGAUGUUACCUGAUUUUACUAGACUUUCAGAAUUUUGUUGUUUAUCUUCCUCUUCAUGUCAUGUUUCUGUGGUGAACACUUUUGUUUGAAUAAUAUUUUUUUUCCAGAAAAGCAUGCUAUUGCUGUUUACAAAAGAAUUACCUGAGUAAUCCAUUUAUCCUAACAGUCUUCAAACAUUACCUUAUUGAUUAUGUUGUGUGUGUGCUUUCAACACCCCUAAGUAUUCAGUGUCUUUGGCAUCUAACAAAUGGAGCAGGGUCAAAUUUCAGUGAAAUUAAUACUAACUGUACAAACAUAACAGAGCUACCUGAUUUACUUUUAUCUACAUGUCUAUUUUUAAAUCAUUCUGCUUUCUCUUUUUUAGACAAAUGAAGAGAACCUAGUUAGGUGGGCCUUUCAGAGGUGAUUUGCCACAUGCGUAAAGGGUCUGCAGGUGAAAAACACAGGCUUCCAGAUUUCUGGAAACAUUAAGAAACAUUCUGGAAACAUUUAGAAAAUGGUUGUCUGAGAUCCAACUCGAUAUUUUUGCUGACAAUUACUAGCUAUUAGCAGACUAUAUAUAUGUGUGUGUGUGU